CCCAACGGAAGCGCGGCGGCGGCGGGAGCGAGAGAGAGCGGAGCGGACAGCCGGCGCUGAGGGAGCGGCGUUGACGGCGGGACCCGGGCUGCAGUCGCCAGCAAGCGGGUCUGAUAUCAUGAAGAAGGACUGGUCCUCUGUAUGGAUGUGUUAUUAGUGCUGAUGGCACAACUGAUCCAAUAUGAAUGUGCAUGAUGUUGGUGGAAGACGACGCUGUGAAGACAAUGAAUUUACGUUACGGGUAUACCCAGGGAAUAUAGCAGAAGGCACCAUUUAUUGCCCUGUCGCUGCAAGGAAAAGCACCAGUGCAGCAGAAGUUAUUGAAAUUCUUAUUUACAAAUUACAACUAGAGAAGACAAAAUGUUAUGUCUUGGCAGAAGUAAAGGAAUUUGGUGGGGAAGAAUGGAUACUCAAUCCAACCGACUGUCCAGUACAACGCAUGAUGCUUUGGCCACGCACUGCCCUGGAAAAUAGUUUCAGCAGUGAGGACUAUCGCUUCCUGCUUCGAGAGAAAAACCUUGAUGGUUCUAUUCAUUACAACAAUCUGCAGUCAUGGCUGAGGGUGACGGAGGAGCGGCGGAGUAUGAUGGAACGGGGUUUUUUACCUCAACCACAGCAAAAAGACUAUAAUGAUCUGUGCAAUCUACCAGACUUGAAUGAAAACACACUUCUGGACAACCUGCGUAAUAGGUUUAAACAAGAGAAAAUCUACACUUAUGUUGGAACAAUUUUAAUUGCCAUAAAUCCUUUUCAAUUUCUUCCUAUUUACAACCCCAAGUAUGUAAAAAUGUAUGAUAAUCACCAACUGGGUAAACUGGAGCCCCAUGUAUAUGCUAUUGCUGAUGUGGCAUACCAUGCCAUGUUACAACGCAGGAAGAACCAAUGUAUAGUUAUUUCGGGCGAGAGUGGCUCAGGAAAGACACAAAGUACGAACUUCCUGAUCCAUCAUCUAACUGCUUUGAGCCAGAAAGGAUUUGCCAGUGGAGUGGAGCAGAUUAUUCUUGGAGCUGGACCUGUGCUAGAGGCUUUUGGGAAUGCAAAGACUGCUCACAAUAACAAUUCCAGCCGAUUUGGUAAAUUCAUUCAAGUCAACUACCAGGAAACAGGCACGGUGCGAGGAGCUUAUGUUGAAAAGUAUCUGUUGGAAAAGUCAAGGCUGGUCUACCAGGAACAUAAUGAACGGAACUAUCACGUAUUCUACUACCUGCUGGCAGGUGCCAGUGAAGAAGAGAAAAAAAGUUUCCAUCUGCUAAAGCCUGAGGAAUACCACUAUUUGAACCAGAUGACAAAGAAACCGGUCAGACAGACUUGGGAUGAUUAUUACUCUGAUUCAGAGCCGCAGGACAGUUUUAUAGUUGAGGGGGAGGAUCUGAAGCACGACUUUGAGCGCUUACAGCUGGCAAUGGAGAUGGUUGGAUUUCUGCCUAAAACACGGAAUCGAAUUUUUUCUCUUCUAUCUGCAAUAUUGCACCUUGGGAAUAUAAAAUACAAAAAGAAGUCAUAUCGUGACGAUUCUAUUGACAUCUGUAAUCCAGAGGUGUUACCCAUCGUCUCAGAGCUUCUGGAGGUUAAAGAGGAGACACUUUUUGAAGCACUGACCACCCGGAAGACUGUGACAGUUGGAGAAAGACUUAUCCUACCCUAUAAAUUAUCUGAGGCAAUAACUGUACGAGACUCAAUGGCAAAGUCUUUGUACGAUGCCCUUUUUGACUGGAUUGUAUUCCGAAUUAACCAUGCUCUUCUUAACAAUCGAGAUCUGGAAGAGCAUAAGAUUCUCUCCAUUGGUGUAUUGGAUAUCUUUGGAUUUGAGGACUAUGAGAAUAACAGCUUUGAACAGUUCUGUAUUAACUUUGCAAAUGAGCGACUUCAGCACUACUUCAAUCAACAUAUCUUCAAAAUAGAGCAGGAGGAGUACAGAGCAGAAGGCAUCAGUUGGCACAAUAUUGAUUAUAUUGACAACAGUGGUUGCAUUAAUCUCAUCAUCAAGAAACCCACAGCUUUGCUCCACCUACUGGAUGAGGAGUGCAAUUUUCCACAGGCAUCAAAUCAGACGCUGCUUGACAAAUUCAAGCGACAGCAUGAGGGGAACAACUAUAUUGAGUUUCCUGCAGUGAUGGAGCAGGCCUUUAUCAUAAAGCAUUAUGCAGGCAAGGUCAAGUACCAAGUGAAGGACUUCCGUGAAAAGAACACAGACCACAUGCGCCCUGACAUUGUUGCACUUCUGAAAGGCAGUAAGAAUGCCUUUAUCUGCAGUCUGAUUGGUAUUGACCCAGUGGCUGUGUUCCGCUGGUCAAUGCUGCGAUCCUACUUCCGAGCAGCUGUGGCCUUCCGCGAGGCUGGAAAACGCUUUGUUGAGAAGAAACCUGGUAAGGGAUAUGGGCAUGAUGAUGCUGUUCCAUACCCGGUUUUGAAAAGUGUCGAUAGUUUUAGCUUUCUGCAUCACCCAGUCCAUCAGAGGAGUUUAGAGAUCCUCCAGAGGUGCAAGGAAGAGAAGUACAGUAAUACAAGAAAAAGCCCCAGAACACCGUUGUCUAAUUUGCAGGGAGCAAAUACCAUCAACGACAAACCCUCACGUGACCUACAGGGCAUAAGCUGGAAUGGAAGAACAAGUGUCCAGACCACAAGGCUCAACCCUAGCCAUUCCUUGAUUGAUGAUGAAGGCAUUUUUCUAAGUUCUGCCAGCACUAAGCUUUUGGAAAGAGCUCACGGCAUUCUAAUGAGGAGUAAGAACACAAAAGCCAAACCAGUUUUGCCAAAGCACUUAUUAGAUGUGAAGUCACUGAAGUAUCUGGCAAGCCUGACUCUUCAUGACCGCAUCACCAAGUCUCUACUCCACUUGCACAAAAAGAAAAAGCCGCCCAGCAUCAGUGCUCAAUUCCAGGCUUCUCUCAAUAAGCUCAUGGAGACCUUGGGACAGGCAGAGCCUUACUUUGUCAAGUGCAUCCGAUCAAAUGCAGAAAAGCUUCCAUUGCGCUUCAAUGAUCAUCUAGUCCUGAGACAACUGCGGUAUACAGGCAUGCUGGAAACUGUCAGGAUACGACAAUCAGGCUACAGUAUUAAGUACACAUUCCAGGAAUUCGCCGAUCAUUUCCAUGUGCUUUUGCCGCAAAGUACCACCUCUUCUCAACGCAGUAUUCGGGAUUUUGUGAGAAGUGUGAACCUCAACACAAACAGCUAUCAAGUAGGCGAGACAAUGAUAUUUAUGAAGGAGAGUGAGCGUCAAAGAUUGCAAAACAUGCUACACAAGGAGGUCCUUAGGAGAAUAAUUUUGCUUCAGAGGUGGUUUCGCGCUGCACUUGAACGGCGACAGUUCCUGCAGAUGAAACGAGCUGCAGUUGUGAUACAGAAUUAUUGGCAAAACUACAAAAUGAGUCAGAACCUCAUCUACACAGACCCCAGUGUCUCAGAUGCAGCAGCAACUACUAUUCAGGCUGUGUGGAAAGGCUACAGCCAGAGAAAGGUGUACUUGCAAAUGCGUGAUGCAGCUAUUGUUAUACAAAGGUGCUGGCGUGAUUAUUACAGGUACAAGCUUGCAGCACUCUGCAUUCAGACAAAUUGGAGAAGGUACAAGGAAAUGCAAACGUACAGAGCUUUCAGGGAUAGCAUCAUUAAAAUUCAAGCAGCAAACCGAGGAUUUGUUGUGCGGCGCAGAUUUCAGGCAUUGAAAAGACAAAAGUGUAAAGAAAAUAAUAAACAGCUGGAUGAUGAACAAAAAAUAGGAUUGGAUGAACACUUGGAUGAAAAUCUUUCUCAGCUAAAACAAAUUGAAUCUGAACUGAAUGAGAGCCCUGUUUUGAAAGACAAUGACAUUCAGGAUGUACCUGCUGACUGCAAUGAUAGAUCUCCAGAUAUACAGGCUGGAACUUUCAACUUUGCCAAUAGUGCAAAUGUGCUCCAGUGUGUCACAGUGAGGGAGAGACCAAAGUCGUUGCCCGGAGACCCCGAUAAACAGAAAGUGGUGCGUGCCAAACGAAACAGUCGGAGAAUGAGAGAAUUGGAGCAGGCCAUAUUCAGUCUUGGACUGCUGAAGGUGAGGUCAGGAGGUGUGUCUCCCUCAGAGGAAGGGCGCUGGUCCAAUGAGCUGAUUUCUGACAGUGUGAACUCCUUGUCUCCUCAGGGAACACCAGACAGUGAGAGCUCAAGAGGUAGUUUUGAGGCACCCAGUGGUGAUGAUGGCCAUAAGAGAAAACUAUCUUUAACUGUUUCUGAUGACUUGGUCUCUGAUUCCGGCCUACAUACUACUCAGGAUAGUCUAUCAUCUAGUCCAAAGUUCAUUGAUCACGGUCUGUCCACUGACCUCCAACUUAAUGGAAAUAACCUGUCUUCCAGUUCUCAUGCUAACACUAAUUCUCACAGUCAUAUUUCCAUGUCUCCAGGAACAGCCAACAAGGAGUGUGAUUUUCAAAGAUCAAGUUCGGAAGAUUGGUCUCCCAGUCCUAGACCAUUGGCUAAGCAGGAAUCCAGCUUUUCAAGCUUGUUGCCAAAUCGUGAUAGUAGCCCUGUGCCAAAUGACAUUACCGCUGUAGGUACUGACAGCCAUACAUUCAAAGACACUACCAUCGUACCCAAAACAAGCAGAGCAGAAGAUGACAAGGCCUCACCGCUCUAUGGUGAACCUGCCAUGGACGCAAACAUGGAUUCCUUCCCACAGAGCACAAUUCUGGAAAAGUUGGAAUGGUUAAAUGUACAGCAGGCAGAGAGACAGAGACAGAGACGGCAGCAAAAUGAGAAGGAAAUGAUGGAACAGAUAAGGCAGCAGAAAGAAAUCCUUGAGAAACAACGCAAAGUUUUUGAAAAGCAGGAGAAGGAUAUGUUUGAGAGACAGCGAGGGGAAGCUCUACAGAAGAUAGAGCAGGGCAGACAGAAUGAUUGUCCUCAGGUUCUUUACAAAUCUCCAAGCAAGCAGGCAGACAGGCCUCAGUCUUUGCAGCAAGACAGAAAAUGGGAUCGAGCUAUCAGUUCUGAUUCGCUUUCAGCAGCAGACACUGAGUCUAAGUUAUUGAACACUGCAGAAUCUUUAAAUACUGACAAUACCUCGGGUCAGUCGACAGGAAGAAAUAGACCUGUCACGAUGUUUUUUGAGCUGCAACCAAGUGGCCAACAGGAAUUCAAUAAGCCAGACGGCUGGGCCCCUAAGCUAAGCUUGGAGUCCCGUGAAACUCUUCCCAGCUCAGAGCACUUCCCGCAGGCUCAACCUCAAAAGGGGCAUGUAAGCACAAAAGAAGAGUCGAUCAAUAAUACUGCCAAGGACAGGAACAACGUCUUAUUCUUUUUGCCGAAGGACAAGAAUACACUGAGCAAGAUUGACAAAGAUUCUGUGAAUCUGGAAAAAUCUCCUGCUUUUUCCAAAGAAGAUGAAGCUUUCAGAGAAAAGAUGGCAAGAUCAUCACUCGUAAAAGUAGCUGAUGUUACAAGACCAGUGCACAAAAAGAGAGCCCGCAUGGCGCGGACCCGCUCUGAUUUCUUGACUAGGAGCACUAACGCUGAAGGGGAAGGAGAGACUGAGGAAGAGGAGAAUGAUGACCCCUCCAAUGAACCCCCCCUCUCCCCCAACCAACCUAGAUCUGAGCUGAGGCCCAAGGACAGUGCCGGACAGGCCUGUUACAGUGACUCAGAAAUGAUGCAAUCUACUAAAAAUGCAGAGCAGAAGAAACUGCACAAAGCGCAAUCUCAAGAUGAAUUGGGUAGAUCGGACUCUAUUCGGAAGAGUAACGUCCCAGAUGGAAGAGCUCUGAAGGGUCGAAUGAAAUUCUGGGGAAAUAAAAAACAGGGAGAAAAGAAAUUGUCAAGGGAGAAACUGGCUACCCAGUCAGAACUCCAGGAACUGAGUAUGGAUCAGGACAUACAGGCACCACCGUGGCACCAGGAGGUUAAACCGAGUGGGAAAUCACGCAGCCUACCACUGCUGGAAGGAAAGGACAGUAUGUUGAAAGGUCAGGCUCCUUCACCUCCGAACCUAACUCCUCCUCGAAGUCCUGAUUUAGGAACAGAGCGAGGGAAAGAGUUCAAAGAGAACAGAGAACCGUCACCAAAAGUGAAGAGAAGGAGAAGUGUGAAGAUCAGCAAUGUAGGCCUGGAGCUCUUUCAGCUGCAGCAUGACACCUUACAGAUCAUCACCUGUGCCAAUGAUUUCAAGUGUAUGAAUGAAUUCCUGCAGAAGAAGAUCACUGACCUGGACACUGAUGACAGCAAGAAAGAUACAUUUGUGGAUGUAGUUUUCAAGAAAUCUCUGAAGGAAUUCCGUUUAAAUAUCUUUAACUCUUAUUCGACAGCUUUAGCGAUGGACGAUGGGAAGAGUAUCCGGUACAAGGAUCUGUACGCACUGUUUGAGCAGAUCCUAGAGAAGACAAUGAGGCAGCAGCGACGGGAUUGGAAUGAGUCACCUGUCAAAGUGUGGGUCAACACCUUUAAGGUGUUCCUGGAUGAGUUCAUGUUAGAACACAAAAUUCUGGACAGUGGUACUGGGAAGAUACAAAAAACUGAAAGGAAAAAGAGACGGAAGAAAGAAACUGAUAUUGUGGAGGAAUACAAUGGUCACAUUUUCAAAUCAACACAGUACAGUAUUCCCACUUAUUGCGAGUGCUGCUCCUCUCUCAUCUGGAUGAUGGAGAGAGCCUGUGUGUGCAAACUGUGUCGGUAUGCUUGCCAUAGGAAGUGUUGUUUGAAAACAAACAUCAAAUGCUCUAAAAAGUAUGAACCUGAGCUAUCGUCUCGGCAGUUUGGAGUGGAAGUCUCGCGUCUAACCAGUGACGAGAGGACAGUACCACUUGUGGUGGAGAAGCUGAUCGAUUACAUUGAAAUGCAUGGCCUAUAUACAGAGGGAAUUUAUAGGAAGUCAGGAUCAACUAACAAAAUCAAGGAGUUGAAACAAGGCCUGGAUACAGAUAUCAACAGCAUGAAUUUGGAUGAGUACAACAUCCAUGUUAUUGCCAGUGUUUUCAAACAAUGGCUGCGAGAUCUCCCUAAUCCUCUGAUGACGUUUGAAUUCUAUAAUGAUGUUCUACGUGCAAUGGGUCUACAGGACCGGAAGGAAAUGAUUCAAGGUGUAUAUUCUAUAAUUGAUCAGUUAUCACGGACUCAUGUCAACACACUAGAACGACUCAUCUUUCAUCUUGUACGAAUUGUCCUGCAAGAAGACACCAACCGGAUGUCCUCAAAUGCGUUGGCCAUCGUCUUUGCUCCGUGUAUUCUUCGAUGUCCAGAUACCACAGACCCUUUGCAAAGUGUUCAAGAUAUUUCCAAAACAACAGCGUGUGUGGAACUGAUAAUUGUGGAGCAAAUGAACAAGUACCGAGCUCGCCUGAAGGACAUCAGCAGCCUGGAGUUUGCAGAGAGCAAAGCCAAGAAUAGAUUGUCGCUCAUCCGAUGCUCGAUAGGAAAAGGUCGUCUUCGCCGCUCCAGCCACAACAGCCCCACGUCUCCCGUAGGACUGCGGUUGCUCUCAGUCGCAGAUGUUCCAGAAGAAAUGGCCAGCGCUGACGAGUCGAUUGAUGUGGACUUGACAGAGCAACAGAAAGCAGCCAUGCAGCAAGAGGAAAGAGUGUUAACUGAACAAAUAGAGACGCUACAAAAGGAAAAGGAUGAACUGACAUUUGAAAUACUUGCUCUCGAGCCACGAGCCUCAGAUGACGAGACGCUGGAGUCAGAAGCAUCCAUCGGAACAGCCGACAGCUUUGAAAACAUAAACAUGGACUCUGAGGGAGCAAUGUCGGGACGCACAGAAAGAGGUUCAGUUGUAAGUUCCGUUGGUCACCGGCGGUCUGAAGCAAUGAGAAAGAUGAGGAGGCCACAGAGGAAGAAAACGGAACCUGUUGUGUCGGUUGAUCCAACUGUUCAUUCCUCACCCACGGCGUCACAAUCAUUGUCAUGUUUACCGCAAGGAGGAAAGCGAUUCCGUUUCCGCUCAAAAUCACCUUCGCCAGCGUUUUACCGUUCGCACAACAGCAUCGAGCAAAGGGCAGAUGGGGAUGGUGCUAAAGGUCAGGACGAGAGGCCGCAGUUUACAACCAGAGGAACCUUCAAUCCGGAAAAGGGCAAACAAAAACUUAAGAUGAUGAAGCGCUCAGCGCAGAAGCCCAAAGACACAACUGACGGGGCCUCGGGGGGCUCAGAGAAAAAAUUAAAUGCUGAGCCUGACUUUGGGGCAACUCAGCAGCUAGUAGUAUUUGGGAGCAAUGAGUUCAUGGUGUGAGACCAAGACGUUUGAAGGUUUCUGUCCUAAUCGAGUGGAGGUCUUUCAUCCAUCCCAACACAUCUUCCUCUGGUAGCUGCCUUCUCAGUGCAUCACACACAAUACGUCCAAUCCUCAUAGGUGGCAUUAUUGCCUCAAGGAAUGACAAAGGGAAGUGAUUUCUCUCUGUUUAAAAAAAAGCCUGCCAGAAGGUUUGUGCUGUGGCCUUAAUCAAUUAGACACUGAGAAGACUCUGCACCUGUCGGUGUACCACGAAGAGGAUCUGGGCUGCAGGUGUAAUCACAAACAGCUGUCCUUGACGGUCACCAAGGGUAUCUGCAGUCCAGAGGGUUGUGGUAGCAAGGCCAUACUUGAAGAAGCACUUGUUUUAAACAGUGUUUGCCAUCCAGAAAAGGGGACUUUCCAGAAGUCUGAAGGAAAAAGGUGGAUUUAAAUGUCAUCCCAUAGUUACACUCCAUCAAUGCUUUUGGUCAAAGAUUAUUGAGAGAGCUUAUUUAAGAAAUCGCAAUUAGCAAGAUGCUCACAAUCAGACAAUAGCACUUCUCACUAACCUGAGGCACUGCUGUUGGAGAAUUAAAAAAAACAUGUUUCAGAAACAGCCAGUGGCCACUGGGAAAUGUAAGCCAAAAUGUCUGUGCACAAAAAAAUGCAUUAACCAUACAUCCUAUGUCUGGCAUUUUUACAGGGUUUCAGGAACCACUUUACCAGUCAAGCAAUGCUGCUUCUCCCUGGGCAUGUAGCGUUUAGGAAGCGUGGAAUUAAAGGGACCAACCUGACUAGUCAUUGUGCUUUGCAAAUCCACCAGCCGUCCGCACAGCAGUGGACAUGAGCAACAGUACAGUUGUAUUGCAGCUCAUCACCUGUGAUGCAUGAUAAUAGUGUAGGUAAGCCAAUAUCGUACAUGGUCCUUGAAAUUUAGCCCAGUAGAAUAUCUUUUAUUGAAUUGUCAGUAUUAAAAGCAAAGAGGACUUGAAGAGAUUUUAGUCUGAUUUCUAAUGCUUACUGUUAACUCGAAUGUUUUUUGUUUUUAACCUUCCAUUUAAAAAAAAAAAAAAAAAAAUUUGAAAAAAUUGAUUUCUGUGAUAUAAGAUUGUAGCUUCCUGCCCAAAGGGAGUAUCUGUGGAGUAGAUUAGGAACAAAACUGAAUGUAACAAUCACUGGAAUGGGCAUGCUGGGCUUCUUGUAACUUAUAGUAUGCUCAUGACUUUAUAUUUCAAGAAAUCUGUUUGUAAAGGAUAUAUUAUCCUGUGUCAUAUUCUAUAAUAAUUACAUAAACUGCUCAGUAACCUUCAUCCCAACAUACAAGAGGUUUCUGUACAGUUUCAGCUCUGUAUUCUUGACAUUGGCAGUUGGGGUGGCAUCUUAUGUAUAAAGUGCAAUUUAUCUAAUAUUUCUUAAAUAUAUCUGUGUAUGGUGUACAAACAAGUUCAUGAACAAAUAGCCCACAGCUUAUUAAAGAAGAAGCUGUCAAACUUG